AUGCUGACCUUCUUCAGCGUGUUUUGCAGCUCCAAACUGGCAUCAGAUAAGUUGAUAAACAUGAUGAAUACGGAAACGGGAACAACGAUAUCUCCGGAACCUUUCGCGAAGCUUGGUUGCCCAGAAGAAUAUGGAACAUAUAUAAUUUCAAAAAAUCAGAUUGGUUCUAUAACUAUCGAAUCUUCUAAAGUAUGUCACUAUAUUAUCAAAGGAUCUCAAGCAACUAUUACAAUUAAAGGUCCAAUAGGUAUUUCAGUUAGAACAAAUCAAGUAUCAAUUAAUGAUGAAUCAGAUAUUACAUACCCAGGCAAUCAGCCACUUAUCCUUGUUGAAGAAUAUGUUACGCAGUUUACCUAUACACCAAAAUAUCAAGGUACUCCUAAAUCAAGUUAUAAUUUCUUGCAUUCUUCUAUAGCGAACACUCAGAAAAUUAUUAUUAAACCCACUCAAUAUGCUGAAUAUAAAUCAGAACAGCCUAGUUCAUAUUACUAUCUGAAUGAAGGUGAUAUUACUUCUGAAUUUACUGGAUACACUAGUAAGCUAUUUGCAACUGUUACAGCACCUCCACCAACUGAUGAUAAAACCGAUAAAACGAGUUCAACUGGCUCUACUGGCUCUACAGGGUCUACAGGUACUUCAGGAAGCUCAAGUUCAUCCAGUUCUCCAUCAGAGAGUAAAGGAGGAAGUGGCAGCUUACCUAUAAUUAUUGGUGUCAUAGUUGCUGUAAUUGUGAUAGGAAUUGUCAUUGGAGUUUGUCAAUUAUUUGUCUUUGUCAUUAAAAUUAAAAAGAAUCAGACUCUAACCAUCCAGCCGAAGCAGUUUAAAUACGAAUAA